AUGGAUCCACAAGUUCCUCAUACAAACAAUUACUUAUACAUUUAUUCAAGAACAGAUACUGAAAAUUCAGAAGUUUACAUACGGUCACCUCAAGCAGAUGUGAAGGAAAAUUCUAGUGUCACCUUCAAAUACUUAAUGAGAGGACCUAUGAAAGAAUUUGCACUCUUUACUUAUGACUCUUAUUCAUCGAAGGAAUUGUUGUGGUCUUCAAAUUUCAAUGAUAUUCCUGAAUUCAUUACUGCUUGUGUGGAUUUUCCAAAUUCAACAACAUUCGGGCUGAAUUUUCAGGGUACAGUAAAUGCUAAUUCAUAUUGGGACGGAUAUAUAUACUUGGAUGAAAUUGAAGUCCAUAAUGAAACAUGUAAAUUGGGUCUUACAUACCAUUUUUGCAAAUUCAAAGAAGUACAUCUGUGCAAUUUCCAAGUUAAAUGUCCAGAGAAUACCAGAUAUAACUGGAGCCAAGGAUCUUCUUCAGAUUACCGAGAGAUUCCAUAUCUUCAUCGCUACUCAAAUGACAGACACUAUUACAUGUAUGUUGAUUCUAUAAAUGGCAAACCUGAAGACGUGACACAUCUUUCUUUUCCAAAUGUUGAACCCCCAGCAGGCCAUAGUUUAUUCUUUGAUUAUUAUCUCCAGCAAGGAGCUGGCAAACUUCAGAUUGAGAUUGAAACUGCAAAAGGAAAGGAACUUGUGUUUGAAGAAGUUAGUGUUGCUCCAUCAUUUGCAUGGCUAUCUGGAUGUGUUCAGGUAACAAAUGAAGAUACAGAUAUUGAAUUUAUUGUAACACAUGGGUAUGGAAUGGGUCAAUAUAUUGGUCUCACGAAUGUUGGUUUCUUGGAAGAAGAAUGUCAAGACAGAAAUAUUUCCUGUGGUUUCACAGAAGGCACAUGCCAGUAUAGCAACUUAACUUACUACCCAGCAUGGGAAAGAAUAAAUUCAAGAAAUGAUACUAACCUAACAGAUGGCUUUUAUAUGCAAACUACACUCUCCUACUAUCAUGAAAGCACGUUGGCAUCUCCAACUGAAAAUAUCACCAACAGCUGUGUACAAAUUAGAUAUAAGAUAAUCAACAAAAAUUGCAAGCUGGCCAUCUAUAAUGCCUUUAACAACAACACUAUUUUAAGUAUGGUGAGUGAUGAUACAACUCCAUGGGGAAUAGCUCAAGUGUAUAUUCAGCAAGAGAUUACAAAACUCGUUUUCCAGGCACAAAGUGUAAGCUAUGGAGUGUGUGGAGUUUUACUUGAUUAUGUCUACAUCAGAGAAAAUAAUUGUCCACAAUUAGAGUGUCCAGCUGGAACAAGAAAGUGUAAAAAUAAUUAUUGUUAUAGUGAAUCUAAAGUAUGUGACAGAACCAAUGAUUGUAGUGAUGGUAGUGAUGAAAUGAAUUGCCCUGAUUCAAUUCCAUGUGAUUUCACAACAAAAUACUACUGUGGUUAUAAAAUUGCAUAUGGAUGGGUACCGGUAUUAGAUAAUGGUACUAGUUUCUUUAAAGUUCCUGGUAGUAUGCAGAUUAUAGGAACAAAGGGGAAAAUGCUGUCACCCAUCGAAACAUUGGCAGAUUCAUGUGUGAAUUUCAAGUUUACUACAGCUUUUGCACUAACUGGGAAUUUCUCAGUUAUUUUAAAUCAGUUGAACUCUAAUGGAGAUGUUUCACAUCAUCUUGCUUGGAAUGAAUAUUUCUUUAGUCUAAGAGAUGGAACAUAUGAAGGACAAUUCCAGCUUCCAGCAGGGACAAGUUUUCUUACAUUCAUUGCAGAUAUCAAGACCGGGGGACUGGCAAUUAAUAGUGUCAACAUUUAUAAUGGAACCUGUCCUGAAUUAAAUUGUCCAAAGUAUAGCCAUAACUGUUUAGACAAUUCAAAAUGUAUCAAUGAAAAAAAUCUGUGUAACAAUUACGAAAAUUGCAUUACUGGCAGUGAUGAAGCAAAUUGUUCAAUAUACUUUUCAUGUGAUUUUGAAGAUACUAAUAUGUGUGGUUGUAAAAGUCACCCAGAAAAUGCAUGGUGGAUAUCUACUGGAAUGUCUGGCGAUAUACCAUCAAUUGAUAAUUCAGAAGGAACAUAUGAAGGCCAAUAUAUAAUGUCAAAUUAUAGUAAAGAAAGCAAGUUUACAGUACCUCAAAUAGAAAUUGAAGAGACUUUCUGCUUUAACUUUCAUUACAUGUUUUAUGGAAAUGGUACUGUAUCGGUUUAUGACAAUGAUACUUACCUAAUGAGCCUUUCUAAAUUUGAUUAUGAUAUGUGGAGAGGUGUCAAUAUCACAUUGGCUGGAGGAAUUCACAACAUUCACUUUGCAUACUCAAAGGAGGGAAACAGCACAUCUGGAGCAAUGGUACUUGACAGUGUUUCAAUAAUCCCAGGAAGAUGUUUACACAAACGUUGUGAAGAAAACUGGUAUCCUUGUAAUAACAAUGCCACAUGCUAUUCUUUUUCUGAAAAAUGUGAUGGUAUAGAUCAUUGUCCCAAUGGAGAAGAUGAAUAUAAUUGCUCAGGUAAAAAACGGGAGUUUAAAUUAACUCAUGGCCGAACUUUGAUGUCUGGAAGAGUGAACAAGCUUUAUGGGUCAGACUACAUACCAGUUUGUAGGAACUCUCUCUCAGAUGACAUGGUGAAUGACAUCUGUUCGGAAUUAGGAGCCAAUGGCACUACAACUCAAACAAGCAUAAAAACGUACAUGACUGGAAAUUAUUAUUAUUAUUAUUAUUAUUAUUACGUUUAUGGUCGUCGAUGGAAUGUAUACAAUUGUGCUGGACGAUGCAAUUGCCAUACCACUUAUGUGACUUGUUCCAAUACAAGUUGUGAAAAUGGUGAGGUUAGAUGUCCUCCCAGUCGCAAUGAAACCAAUUCUACAAAUGUAUGCAUUCGUAAAGAAAGUAUGUGUAAUGGAGAAAUUGACUGUGAAGGUGGCACUGAUGAAAAGAAUUGCGCUUCAUGUGCAAUUGGACAUUGGCAAUGCAAAAAUCUGAAAUGCAUCAAACAAGAACUUCGCUGUGAUGGUAAAAAAGACUGUGAUGAUGACUCUGAUGAAUUCUAUUGCUUUACAUACAUAAACAACACAAUUCUAGUGUCCCACAAUGGUUCAUAUGAAAAUAUUUGUGAAGACAACUUGAACAGUGAAAAAAUUGCAAAUCAUUUGUGUUCCUCUGUUGGAAGAAGUAAUGGAACAUUUGGUAAUUCAAUUGAGGGAUUUGGUGUAAAAUUCACACAAAACCCUUCAGACAGCAAUAUGGGACUGAUUCCAGGAUUCAAAGCAAAUUCCUUUGAGAAGUGCAAAUACAUGGUAUUGGAAUGCAGUAAAGAAGUUUGUGGUACUCGAAAACGAGAUUUGAUUGAACCCAACAUUCGGAAUGGACAUGAUGCUUUACAUGGUGAAUGGCCAUGGGUUGUGGAGUUACUCAGAGGAACCAGAUUUGUUUGCACUGCCUCAUUGAUCAGCAGAUAUUAUGUGCUUACUGCAGCUCACUGUGUAAAGAGCUACUCCUCUAACUCAUAUUAUGUUAGAGUUGGAUCCAUAAACAAGGGUGAAGGAAAACGGUAUACGGUGACCCAAGUAUUGAUACAUCCUGACUAUAGUUAUUACGGACAUGGUUAUGACAUAGCACUUCUUUAUGUGAAAAGUGGAAUUACAUUGACAGAUGAUGUGCAACCAAUUUGUCUUCCAGAAAACCCUGCCACCUUAGAAAGAGACUACUAUAUUACUGGUUGGGGUCAAAAUGAAAAUGGUGAAAGGGUAACAACUUUACAAGAAGUCAAAACUGAAUUGUUAGACUUUUAUAAAUGCAAACAGCAUUAUAAGUUUAUCACAGAGGCUGUUGUGUGUAGCAAUAACAAAGAAUUCUAUCAACCAACCUGUUAUGGUGACAGUGGAGGUCCAUUACAAGCACUCAAUGCCCAUGGUUUUUGGGUAGUAUAUGGUGUUACCAGUUUUGGUAUGUCAGGCUGUAAACAAAUUAUAUCAAGGCCAGGAGGAUUUUCUUCUGUUGAUUAUGUAAAAACAUGGAUUAAGAAAUAUGCACAUGUAUAAAUUCCAUUCAAAAUAUCUCUUACUAUGUUCAAAAUUAUUCUGUACUUAAAUUAAAUUGAUUUCAUUAACUGCUUAAUCCUGCAAUAAUUGUCAAAGCUCACCUGGUGACUUAAAUUUGUAUCUCAUUAAAUGCUUGCUUCCUUUUAAUUCUAUAAGUUUUCUUUAUUCAUAUCUAUUCUGAGUUUAAAUAUACAAAUGUAUUCUUUUAAUACCUUUAAUUUAAAAGACUGAUUUGCACAAAAAUACUUUCAAACAAAUGUAUUCCAUUAGCUGAAAUAAUCAUAAUGAACAUUAACUUUAAAAUAAAUGACUGUAAUUUUUAAUUUAGAAACCAUGCUGUCAUGAGAACACACAUGUAUGCACACAUGUCUACACCCCUCUCCACUCACAUGUACACGUACACAUAUGCCUGCAUGCAUGCACACAUGCACACACACACACACAAACUUCUUUCUAGAAGCUGCAAUCACCUAUAAAUUGUUAAAGUAUGUAAUUUUAGCUAAAACAGUGUCCAUAAGCAAAAUCAGUUAAAUAUUUGGCACUGUAAUUAGUAGCCAUGUUUGUUUGUUUGUUUGUUUUGCUUUUGCUCUGCUUUAUGUUUUUGCUUUGCUCUUUGUUUUUUAAGAGGUUGUUUUUAUUUCUUGUCAACUUUGGUUUUAACUUUUAUUUUACAUAAACAUUUUUAGAAUUAAUCAAUUCACUUGUUAUAUGAUACUUUACGUAAUUUCUAACAUUUAUAUUCAUUAAAAUUUUUGCAAAUUAUUUUCAAUGAUAAAUUAUUCAAAAUCUUAAAAUUAACAUUUGUAAUGAUUCAAGAUCUUUAAUAAAACUUAAUCAGCAUGAUA